AGUUCAUGACCUUACCAUAAUAUCUCCCUUUAUAAAUCACUUCACUUGGGCGAUGGCACUUCUGAAUGGGAAAAGUAGUCUAAGUGAUGGCUCAAAACCUAAAAGAGAGAAAAAAAAAAUCGUAAUUUAGUGCACUCAAGGUAACACCCUUCAAAGCCAAAUGCAUGUGUGUAUAAAAAAAGUUUUCAGAACUAUCGUCUGACCAAAUGCAAACCCCAAUUCAAGUGAAGGUGGGACAUUGUAUGAAAGGAAAAUCAAAACAGAAUCCAAUGAUUUUACAAUGAUAAUCUGUUACCAUAGCGCGGCUUCUUCGCAAAGGAGUACUAGACUGGCCUGCCAGCUGUCCAGACCUUCCUCCCAAUGAAAAUGCACAGCGCACGAUGAAGUGCAAAAUAUAACAACGCAGACACCCCAACUUCAUUGGAAUUGGGGCGGCACAGCUUGCGUUCUCAGCGGUCAGCCACUGGACACCACCAAGGUGAAGAUGCAGACAUUUCCCACCAUGUACCGAGGGUUCACUCACUGCUUGGUGUCCACCUUCAGACAAGUAGGGGUGCGCGGACUCUACAAGGGCACCACCCCGGCUCUGGUAGCCAACAUCUGCGAGAACUCGGUGCUCUUUGUGAGCUACGGGUUCUGCCAGGACCUGGUCCGCUCCUUGGCCAGCGUAGAUGAACUCAGCGAUGUUCAGAAGGCCUUCUCCGGGUCCCUGGCCUCCAUCUUCUCGUCCCUGGUGCUUUGCCCUACCGAGCUGGUCAAAUGUCGCCUGCAGGCCAUGUACGAGAUGGAAGCCUCCGGCAAGAUCGCCACCGGGCAGAAAAGAGUUUGGACGGUGGUGAAGUCGGUGAUGGAGACAAACGGUCCACUGGGCUUCUACCAAGGUCUGACGUCCACCAUGGUGAGGGAGUUUCCAGGCUACUUCUGCUUCUUUGGCGGCUACGAACUCAGCCGCUCCACCUUUGCGCGCUACAUGGGUACCGACAAGGAGGGCAUCGGCAUUCUUCCGCUCAUGUUCAGCGGCGGAUUCGGCGGCGCUUGCCUUUGGCUCUUGAUCUAUCCGAUCGACUGUGUGAAGUCCAGGAUCCAGGUGUACUCCUUAGCCGGGAGGCAAGAAGGCUUCCUGAAGACCUUCACGGGGAUCCUACGCAACGAGGGAUUCAGGGCUCUUUACUCGGGUCUCGCGCCCACCAUGAUACGCACCUUCCCGGCCAACGGUGCCCUCUUCUUGGCCUACGAGUUCACUCGAAAGUUCAUGAUGGAGGCAGUGGGCGCCUGAUGUCCGCUGCGGUUUUAUUGUCAACCUUUUUCGCCGACAGAACAAGUUUUGUCAUGGUUUUAAGUUUGUUUCUGGUGUGCCUCCAAAUGUCACGAAAAGGGUCUAUUUGUUUCGGGUUUGAUGUGAUGCUUUUAAAAGUGCCAAUACUGUGAAGAGCAAAUGCGCACAGCAUCUUUGAGUACGAAUUCGCAG